AUGUCUAACCAGGGUUCCUGGUCUUCUCGGCCAUCAGCAUGGGUGCCAUUGCAAUCAGUUUCAACAGAUACCUCUCUUCCUUCUUACUCCGAUCAUCGGGACGACACAUUCGAGCUUGAUGAGGAAUCAUUCACCACAAUGAAAUAUUCACACAUAUCAGAUCCAUCCAUACCAUCAUGGCGUGACCCAUCUACGGACUGUGAUACACACCGAUCGAGAUCUCGCACGAGGCGGAUACGAGUGUGUCGCGUGCUGAAACGCCCUUUUUGGGUUCUCUUUGUGAUCUUUGGAUUUGCAGCUUUCAUUACUCUCUCACUUGACAUCAUUCUCUCUUUCUUCGCCGAAACUCGAGACAUGCACAUCUUCCCCGGUCAUCCACCCUCUUCCUUCUCCAGUUGGACUACUCACGGCGUGAACCCAGUUCCAUGUCACUCCCACAAUGAUUAUUGGCGUCGGAUCCCUCUUUACUCGGCUUUAGUUGCAGGGUGCACCAGUGUGGAAGCCGAUAUCUGGCCUGAUGAGGAAGAAUUACGAGUCGGUCAUUCGCGACGGACAAUCCUCGAUGGUCAAUCACUUCGCAGUCUCUAUCUUGAUCCUUUACUCAAAAUGCUUGAGCAACAUAAUCCCUUGCCAGUCAAUGCAUCGGAUUUGGAGGAUGAAUCAGAAAUGACAGCAGAUAAUGAGAUUGUGGGUUUAUUCGCCAACGACCCAACGCAAACGCUGGUCCUUCUUAUCGACUUCAAAGCUGAGCCUGAGAAGAGCUGGUCUCUUCUAAUGAAUCAAUUGGAACCACUACGUGAAAGAGGAUUCUUAAGCUACUUCCAGGGACGGCACUUCUUUAACCGCCCGGUAACGAUUGUUGCAACAGGCGAUGCACCCUUCCAUCUUCUCGUCGAAAAUUCUACAGUGAGAGAUGUAUUCUACGAUGCGCCGUUGGAUAGACUGUCACAUUCCCCCGAUCCCGGUCUCUAUGGUGAACCGUCAGACAAUUCUCAAGUGCAGGAGCAGGAUGAUGGAUUCGUCUUCAAUGCUGAGAAUAGUUAUUAUGCGUCGGUGGAUUUUCAUAAGACGAUCGGUCCGCUCGCGUUGGGGUUCUUCUCAGAUGAUCAGCUUGUCAGACUGAGGAGUCAGAUUCAUGCUGCCCAUUCGCGCGGACUGAAAGUUAGAUAUUGGGGUACGCCGAAGUGGCCUGUUGGGUUGAGGAAUUAUGUAUGGAGAGUCUUGGUGAGUGAGGAUGUGGAUGUUCUCAAUGUUGAUGAUCUGUACGGGGCGACGAGACAAGAUUGGAGGUUGAAGUGGUGGAGGUGA